AUGGAAGCUCACUCGCUCGCCAUCGCGCGCCCGUCACAGUCCAGCCUCCCACCAGCCGCCAUUGCCGCCAGAAGCAACCUCGUAAGCCCCGCUUUCGCCGCUCCCUCGUGUUCGCCUCCGCGCCUGCGGGAUCCGCGACGGGUCAUAUCGGGAGGUUUUCCUUCGUUGUCGUUACCCUAUUCGCUAACGUUCGCCAGGGGGCCGCGCGCCAUACCGGCCGGCGAUCGCGUCGGUGGCGGAAACCCUAGAGGAAGCAGCCGCGUGGGGAAUGGUUUCAAGAGACGCUGUGUGUGCAACAGCAGUGGCGCAGUAAGCGAGGGGGAGCAGCAACGCGCGGGUAAUAGCUUUCCGCUUUUGCGGAGAGGUUCGGGGCGCGCGGAGGCGGCGGGGGGAGCGGGCGGAAGGCGCGCUGUGCUUGCGCGGUCGUACCGGUGGAGCGACGACGACGUGGUGGCCUUUGGCGGAGGCGUGGAGGGAAAGUUCGAGGAAGCUGUGGCGCUGUUCAACGAAGGGCAAUUCUACAAGUGCCAUGACCUGUUGGAGGAGAUGUGGCAUCAGUCAGCGGAGCCGCAGCGAGGCAUGCUGCACGGGCUGCUGCAGUGCGCUGUGGGCAUGGUGCAUCUGCUCAACCAGAACCACAGCGGCGCCAUGAUGGAGUUUGGCGAGGGGGUGAACAAGCUGCGGCGCGCCAUCGCCACCACGGGGGGCAGGGGCCCCUCGGGCAGCUUUGCAGCGUUUGAGGCGGAGGCGGGCGCUGUGCUGGAGUUCAUCUACAACACUCAGCUCGAACACGCCGCCUGUUCCGAGGUGGAGUGCGUGACAAUGGACGGGUCGGCAGAGAGCUACUCUCUGCUGGGCGACUACGGGGCAGGGCAGCAGCUCUACCGCGUGCACUUUGAUCCAGCCACGGGGCAGCGCUGCCUCGAGUUCUGCUCGCUGCUGCCCUUCCACCAGGCUGUAGUGGGGGACGGCGCAGGGAGUGGGACAAUCCUUCCUCCCGCCGCCACGCCUCCAUCUGCCCGCCGACGCGUCCGACCUCCGCGCCGACGCGGACGACCAGCGCGGCGACGCGGACGACCUGCGACCGCCGCGGACGGCCAGCGCGCGACCCCCGACGACCAGCGCGCUGCCGCGGACGGCCAGCGCGGCCUCGCCGACGGCCCGCGCGCUGACGCGGACGGCCAGCGCGGCCCCGCCGACGACCCGCGCGCUGACGCGGACGGCCAGCGCGGCCCCGCCGACGACCCGCGCGCUGACGCGGACGGCCAGCGCGGCCCCGCCGACGACCCGCGCACUGACGCGGACGGCCAGCGCGGCCCCGCCGACGACCCGCGCGCUGACGCGGACUGCCAGCGCGGCCCCGCCGACGAGCCGCGUGCUGACGCGGACAGCCAGCGCGCGGCCACGAAAGAACCGCGCGCCACCGCGGACGGCCAGCGCGCGGCUGUCGACGCCCCUGCGCCGACGUGGACGGCUGGCGCGCAGCCGCGGCUGAUCUGCCCGCCUGGUUAUACACUCCGCUCCGUCGUGUUCCAGGAGGAAGGCGGACUCCAGCCCAUCGCCCCUUCUGCCCCCACCGAACCUCCUCCUGAUGAGCCCGGACCUGAGCCCGAGUCCCCUGGUGAUCCUCCCUCCUUCGCACCGGAUGUCAACAAUCCUCAAAGCGUGGAAACUGCCAUCCGUGCCUACCGCAACACACUCAACGACCACCUUCGCCGUCAACUGCGCUAUGAGGACGACAAGCGCGCCUACGACGAGGCUGCUGCCCGUCACCGCGACUACCACGCCCAACUCACCACGUACACUACACGCCUCGCUAGCUACACCUCCGACAUCGCUGCGUGGCGCAUUGCUGACCGUCGAGCUCUCGCCAUCCUCCUCGCCACUAUCCCCUCCUCCCUCAAGCGAAAACUCUCACCCACCUCCUCCUCCCACCUGUGGCAACUGCUUGUCGACCUCUUUGACCGGCAGGUCAUCGCCACCCUCUAUGCCCUCAUCAAGGACUUUGGAUCCAUCACCAUGGAUUCCACUGCCGGCGCAGCCGCCUUUACUCGCCGCGUCCUUGACCUUGCUCGCCGCCUUGCAGCACUUGGUGUUACCUACCCUGACACCGUCAUCUGCUGCCACCUCCUCGAAGGCCUCACUCCUGCCUUCGAUGCCCACAAGCUGGCCUACAUGCAACUCCUCUCCAAACAUGACACUCCCGCUCAAGUUGCCCAAUGGAUUAUCACCACCGAGGCAGAAAUCCUUCGCCACUCCUCCACUGCCGCGGUAGCACAGCAGCGCAGCGGCAAAGGCGGACGUGGAGGGGGGCGUGGAGCAGCAACCGUUUCCCGGCUGGACCGCUGGGAAUGCAGCCUCUGCGGCCCACCUCUCCGGUCCCUCCCCUGCGCCGUCCACAGGUGGUAG